AGGUGUCAUACCAUUUAAUAUAUUAUAAUAUUCCUUAAUUAAAUAUAGGCACGAUGAAAAAAUCUGGACUGGUUGGCGUGUUACUGAUACAACAGGCAAAAUGGCUAUCGGGUUGCCAUCCUCACGUCCACCUCGUGAAGGAAGAAGAAAAGUGCAUGAACGAUCUACAACGAUUCAAAUCGCUCAUCAUAAAAGAAAACAAUAUGAGCGUACACUGUAAGGGGAUGUGGGAUGAUCUGAAUUGCUGGCCUCCUGCUUCCAUUGGGGAAACUGUCUCUCAAGCAUGUCCAGAGGUGUUCAAUGCAGAGGGAAGAGUGUACCGCAACUGCACAGCCAGUGGUUGGACGGACCUUCUCAUCCCACACCAAGAUGCGUGCGGCUACUCCUUCAACGACACGCUCCUCUUUCUCUCAGAGUCCCACGAUUCCUACUUGUACUUCUCCUACGUGAAGACGAUGUACACCACCGGAUACGCGCUCUCGCUCAUCUCGCUUGUCGUCGCCAUCACCAUUUUCUGUCUGUUUAGGAAGCUGCACUGUACCAGGAACCACAUUCACAUCCAGCUGUUCACCUCCUUCAUCCUGAAAGCCGUCUUCAUCUUCCUUCGGGACUCGCUGCUAUUUACAAACGAGGAGCUCUACCACUGUGACUUUUACCCGGUAGCAUGCAAAGUGGCUCUUCUGCUGUCCAACUACUCCAUCCUGGCCAACUACAGCUGGCUGCUGGUGGAAGGUCACUUCCUCUUCACGCUGGUGAGACGCUCCCUCUUCUCCCUGAAGAAGCACCUGGUCUGGUACCUGGUCCUCAGCUGGGGCUCACCGCUGGUCGUCAUCGUGUCCUGGGCCUGUGCCAAGUAUUUCUACGAGGACGAAGGCUGUUGGGAAACAAGGAAACGCGAGUGGAUUUGGUGGAUACUUCGAGUGCCAGUUCUGCUCACCAUUUUUAUUAAUCUUCUCUUCUUCUUUGGCAUUCUGAGGAUCCUGGCAAGCAAACUGAGGAUGCCUGAUAAACGGAGGAAUGAAUUCAGUCGCUAUAAAAAGUUGAUCAAAUCCACAUUUUUCCUGGUGGUCCUGUUUGGCCUGCAGUACGUCCUCUUUGUUUUCCUGCCUGUGGAAGUCAGCAGCUUGAUGUUCAAGAUCUGGACCUUUGUGGAGCUGGCCCUGUCGUCCAUGCAGGGUUUUGUUGUGGCGCUCCUCUACGCGUUCAUGAACGGAGAGGUCCAGCAGGAGAUCCGCAGGCGGUGGAGGAGGUGGAGGCUCACCCGGCUCCUGCCCAGGAGGCGGCGGCAGCAUCAGGGCUCCAUCAGCCAGAGUGGAUCGCCUCACACUCAGAUGACCCUGCUGCCGUGUUCCACAGGUCACAUGACCGCCGGCGCACCCCCGGAGGACACGGCGGCGCACGCCGAUGCGUUCUAGGGCCACGUGCGGCGUAAACACCCGGGUGGUACACAAUGCAGCGAUGUGUUUUUUCAAACAAAUAAGAACUUUUAGGGAUGGAUAGCGAACAUCAAAACCAUAUUGUGAUAUAUAUAUAUAUACACUAUAUUGCCAAAAGUAUUUGGCCACCUGCCUUUACUCACAUAUGAACUUGAAGUGCCAUCCCAUGGACUUGUCCAAAACGGAGCAUUCAAAGUUCCUUUCACUGGAACUAAGGGGCUAAGCCCAACUCCUGAAAAACAACCCCACACCAUAAUUCCUCCUCCACUAAAUGUCACACUCGGCACAAUGCAGUCCGAAAUGUAGCGUUCUCCUGGCAACCUCCAAACCCAGACUGGUCCAUCAGAUUGCCAGAUGGAAAAGUGUGAUUCAUCACUCCAGAGAAGGUGUCUCCACUGCUCUAGAAUCCAGUGGCGACGUGCUUUACACCACUACACCACUUUGUAUUGGACUUGGGUGAUGUAUGGCUUAGAUGCAGCUGCCCGGCCAUGGAAGCUCAUUCCAUAAAGCUCUCUGCGUACUGUACGUGGGCUAAUUGGAAGGUCACAUGAAGUUUGGAGCUUUGUAGCAACUGACUGUGCAGAAAGUCUUUGGACUAUGCGCUUCAGCAUCCGCUGACCCCUCUCUGUCAGUUUAUGUGGCCUACCACUUGGUGGCUGAGUUGCUGUUGUUCCCAAAAUCUUCACUUUUCUUAUAAUUAAGUUGACUUUGGAAUAUUUAGGAGCGAGGAAAUUUCACAACUGUAUUUGUUGCACAGGUAGCAUCGUUAAAAUUAUGGCUGGUUGAGCAACAAUCGUGUUCCCAUGUUUAGUUUUUACUCAUUUUUACUCAUUGGUUUUUAUCUAGUCUGCACUUUGUCUGUGUUAUUAUUAUUGGCUUUUAUCUAUUUUGCACUUUGUCUGUAUUAUUACUAUUAUCAUUAUU